AAAGAGAGAAAGCUCUGAAAAAGCGGGAACCAUUUCCACACCUCACGAUCCGCCACCAUCACCACCACCGCUCUCCGCCGCUGCCGCCUCCGCUUGUAUCUUCUCCUCCGUCGAGUAUUUACGGCUUCUUCGUAUCCGGUUCUCUUGCCUCACCCUACAAAGAUCCCUUCUUUUCUCAUAUAUAUAUUUUUAAUACAACACUAGUGACCGAAAAUAAUCAGAGAGAAUCCGCGUAGAUCGGGAGAUUUUUCUCGGUUACUUGUCUGAAUCAGUUAGUAAUCUAUUGCGAGAAAUAAGAGAAAGGCAAACUGGUUUUGGGAUUUGGUUAGAGAGAGCGAUGGAACAGAAAGGUUAUCUGUUAUCGGCGCUGAGUGUAGGCGUCGGAGUGGGAGUUGGGCUUGGGCUGGCGUCGGGACAGACCGUCGGAAAAUGGGGAGGGAAUGUGCCGCCCAACACCAUCACUGUCGAAAAGAUGGAACAGGAGAUGUUGCGGAUGAUCGAUCAUGGCAGAGAAACCAAAGAACAAGUCACCUUUGCUGAUUUUCCAUAUUAUCUCAGUGAACAGACAAGAGUACUACUAACAAGUGCAGCCUAUGUACAUCUCAAACACGCAGAGGUUUCUAAGUACACUCGAAACCUUUCUCCUGCUAGUCGUGCUAUUUUGCUUUCAGGCCCUGCUGAACUUUACCAGCAAAUGCUCGCCAGGGCUUUGGCUCAUUACUUUGAAGCCAAGUUGUUGCUGUUGGAUGUAACGGAUUUUUCACUAAAGAUUCAGAGCAAAUAUGGUAGUUCCAACAAUGGAUCAUGUUUUAAAAGGUCUAUUUCUGAGUCAACCCUAGAGCGAUUGUCAGGCUUAUUCGGAUCAUUUUCUGGACUUCAACAAAGGGAGGAACCCCAAGGUGGUACCCUGCGUAGACAGAGCAGUGGCGUUGAUAUCAGAUCCAGAGGAGUAGAAGGUAAUAGUACUGCGCCCAAGCUUAGGAGAAAUGCCUCUGCCGCUGCUAACAUCAGUAACCUUGGUUCUCAGUCCAAUGCAAAUCAAGGCCCUCUUAAGCGGGAAAGCAGCUGGUGCUUUGAUGAGAAGCUUCUUAUUCAGUCUCUCUACAGAGUCUUGGCUUCUGUUUCAAAAACCAGUCCCAUUGUGCUGUACCUUAGAGAUGUGGAGAAGUUCUUGUGCAGAUCACAGAGGAUAUAUAACUUAUUUCAGAAAAUGUUGAAUAAACUUACUGGAUCAGUGUUGAUCCUGGGCUCUCAAGUUGUUGAUCCUAAAGAUGACUACAGAGAAUUGGAUGAGAAGAUUUCUGCUCUUUUCACUUACACAAUUGAGAUCAGACCACCUGAGGAUGAAUCCCAGCAUGUUAGCUGGAAAUCUAAACUGGAGGAAGAUAUGAGAAUGAUUCAAGUUAAGGAUAACAGAAAUCAUAUCAUGGAAGUACUAUCAGCUAACGAUCUCGAUUGCGAUGAUCUGGAAUCAAUCUGCAUUGAAGACACAAUGGUUUUAAGUAAUUAUAUAGAAGAGAUUGUGGUGUCUGCAAUUUCUUAUCACUUGAUGAACAACAAGAAUCCUGAGUACAGAAAUGGAAAACUCAUUAUUUCUUCCAAAAGUUUGUCACAUGGAUUGAGUAUAUUCCAAGAAGGAAAAUUUGAUGGUAAAGAUUCAUUAAAAUUGGAAGUUAAGGCUGAACCAUCUAAGGAAGGAGAAAGCAAAGAGGCUGUUAAGGGGAAGCCAGAAGCGACAUCAGCAGCAAAAGCUCCUGAAGUAGCACCUGACAAUGAAUUUGAGAAGCGCAUAAGGCCAGAGGUAAUACCAGCUAGUGAAAUUGGGGUGACAUUUGCUGAUAUUGGUGCUUUAGAUGAGAUCAAAGAAUCACUUCAGGAAUUAGUAAUGCUUCCUCUACGAAGACCAGACCUAUUCAAUGGAGGACUCUUAAAGCCUUGCAGAGGAAUAUUACUAUUUGGGCCACCUGGAACAGGUAAGACAAUGAUGGCAAAGGCCAUAGCUAAGGAGGCAGGAGCAAGCUUCAUCAAUGUAUCCAUGUCUACCAUCACCUCAAAAUGGUUUGGUGAGGAUGAAAAGAAUGUCCGAGCUCUUUUCACAUUGGCAGCCAAGGUUUCCCCUACUAUUAUCUUUGUAGAUGAGGUUGAUAGCAUGCUCGGGCAGCGGUCAAGAGCUGGGGAACACGAAGCAAUGCGAAAGAUAAAGAACGAGUUCAUGACUCAUUGGGACGGGCUCUUGACAAAACCAGGUGAAAGGAUUCUUGUUCUUGCUGCUACUAACAGGCCAUUUGAUCUUGAUGAAGCCAUUAUCAGGCGUUUCGAACGAAGAAUUUUGGUGGGACUUCCAUCUGUGGAUAACAGAGAAAUGAUCUUAAAAACUCUACUGGCAAAAGAGAAAACAGAAGAGAGAUUAAACUACAAGGAGCUUGCAACCAUGACUGAAGGAUAUAGUGGAAGUGAUCUUAAGAAUCUGUGCACAACAGCAGCGUAUAGGCCUGUAAGGGAGUUAAUACAACAAGAAAGAUUGAAGGAUUUGGAGAAAAAGCAGAAAGCUUUGGCAGAGGCACCUAAUACAAAAGUGUCAUCAGCAGAAACUGUAAGUUCAGAAAAAACAAAAGAAAGUGGAAAUGGUAAAGAGGAAACAGGUAUUAUUCUCAGGCCCUUAAACAUGGAAGAUUUCAGGCAAGCAAAGAAUCAGGUGGCUGCAAGUUUUGCAGCCGAAGGCUCUAUAAUGAACGAGUUGAGGCAGUGGAAUGAGCAAUAUGGGGAAGGAGGAUCAAGAAAGAAGGAACAGUUGACUUAUUUCCUAUGAGACUGCCGUUUUCAUAAAAUGAAAUUGGUUUAUGGAUGGCUCAACUUGUUCAUGGAGAGAGCUUAAAAUAUAAGAAACAAAUAUGAUAUUAUUUGGGCUUAAAAGUUCAACUUUCUCACCAGGAAAGGAAUGAUAGUAAACUGUUCUGUAAUAAUAGUUUCAUAGGAGAGACUUUAGGUAUGUAUAAUAUUUUCAGAUAUGGAAAUAAGAGUGAGAAGCAAACCAGCCUGGCUGGAUUGUGUUUGAGAAAGAAAAUGAAAUGAAAUGGUUAUUGUAGUUUCUGGA